AUGACACUCUUCUUCUUCACCUGCCUGCUGGCUGUCUUCCCAGUGGUCUCCAUGAAAAGUCCCAUAUUUGGUCCCCAGGAUAUAAACAGUGUGGAAGGCAGCUCAGCGUCCAUCAAGUGCUACUACCCGGCCACCUCCGUCAACCGGCAUACCCGGAAGUACUGGUGCCGGCAGGGGGCCAAGGGCCGCUGCACAACCCUCAUCUCCUCGGAGGGCUACGUCUCCAAGGACUAUGAGGGCAGAGCCAACCUCACCAACUUCCCAGAGAGCGGCACAUUUGUGGUGAACAUUGGCCAUCUCACCCGGAAUGACUCUGGGUACUACAAGUGUGGUCUGGGCAUUAGCAGCCGGGGCCUGUCCUUUGAUGUGAGCCUGGAGGUCAUCCCGGAUCCUGGUCUCCCACAGGACGCUGAAGUCUACACAGCAGACCUGGGCAGAACAGUGACCAUUGACUGCCCUUUCAACUCUGGGAAUUCUCAGAAGAAGAAGUCCGUGUGCAAGCAGACAGGCCAGGACUGCAUCCCAGUCAUCGACUCCAGUGGGUACGUGAACCCCAGCUACAGCAAUAGAGCACGACUUAGUAUUCAGGGUACCAACCAAUUAAAGUUCAGCUUCAUCAUCAACAAACUCCAGCUCAGUGAUGGUGGGACGUAUGUCUGCCAGGCUGGGGAUGAUUCCAGUGCUGAUAAGAGCAACGUUGACCUCUAUGUGCUGAAGCCAGAGCCUGAGCUGGUUUAUGGAGACCUGAGGAGCUCCGUGACCUUUGACUGUGCCCUGGGCUCCGAGGUGGCAAAUGUGGCCAAAUUCCUGUGCCGGGUGGACAGUGAGGAAACCUGCGAUGUGGUCAUCAACACCCUGGGGCACAGGAGUCAGGCCUUUGAGGGCAGGAUCCUGUUCGAGGACAAGAAUGACGGCUUCAGGGUGCAUAUCACCAACCUGAGGAAGGAGGAUGCAGGGCUCUACCUGUGUGGAGCCAACUCUGAUGGUCAGCCUCAGGAAGCCUUGUCCAUCCAGGCUUUGCAGCUCUUCGUCAAUGAAGAGACCUUGUUUCCCCGCAGUCCCUCUGUGGUGAAAGGUGUGGUAGGAGGCUCUGUGGUCGUGCUCUGCCCCUAUAACCCAAAGGAAAAAAACAGCCUGAAGUAUUGGUGUCGCUGGGAAGAGACUCAAAAUGGCGGCUGCCCACUGUUGGUGGAGAGCGCGGGGCUGGUUACGAAGCAGUACGAACAGUACGGUGGCAGGCUCGCGCUGUAUGAAGAGCCGGGCAAUGGCACCUACACGGUCAUACUCAACCAGCUCACUGCCCAGGAUGCCGGCUUCUACUGGUGUCUGACCAACGGCGACACUCGCUGGAGGUCCACGGUGGAGCUCAAGAUUGUUGAAGGAGAACCAAAUCUCAAGGUCCCCAAGAACGUGACUGUUCAGCUGGGAGGGACUCUCAAGCUCCCCUGCUACUCACCAUGCAAAUAUUACUCCUACAAGAAAUUCUGGUGCAAGUGGACCAACGAAGGUUGCAGGGCCCUGCCCAGCCAAGACGAGGGCUCCAGCCAGGCCUUCGUGAACUGCGACCAAAAGAACCAGGUCAUCAACCUGACCCUGAACCAAGCCACCAAGGAGGACGAGGGCUGGUACUGGUGCGGGGUGAAGGAGGGCCUUCAAUACAGAGAGACUGUGGCUGUCUACGUGGCGGUCGGGGAGAGGGUAACAGGGUCCGAAGAUGUCAGCCCAGUGAGUGCUGCUUCUGCUGAUGUGAUACAGCCAAGAGUCAGGACGAUUGAGGGCAGCGUCAUUCAGAAUCCCGGGAUUUUUGCAGAGGACAGAGCAGUGAAGGAUACUGGAGACCCAGCUGGUGGGAGCAGACCAUCCAUAGACCCUGACAGCUCUGUGGGACAAGGCGGGAGCUCCACCGUGCUGCUCGCUACCCUGGUGCCCCUGGCCCUGGUGCUGGCGCUGGGGGCCCUAGUGGUGGGGGUCUUAAGAGCUCGGCACAGGAAGAACAUAGACCGGAUUUCAGUCAGAAGCUACAGAACAGACAUUAGCAUGUCAGACUUUGAGAACUCCAGGGAAUUUGGAGCCAAUGACAACAUGGGAGCCGCUCCAGUCACUCAGGAGACAUCUCUCAGAGGGAAAGAUGAGUUUGUCGCCACCACCAAGAACACCACUGAGACCGAAGAACCCAAGAAGGCGAAAAGGUCCUCGAAGGAGGAAGCUGACAUGGCCUACACUGCCUUCCUGCUCCAGGCCAACAACAUGGCUGCCAACGUCCAGGAUAGCCCCAGCAAAGCCUAGGCAGAGCUCCUGCUGCCUCCUCCCUCCGCCCACGACAAUCACCUUCAGAAUCACGUUGAUUCUCAGGGCCCUCAGCUGCUGGGGGCUCUGCUGCCUGCACUCAUACU